AACAGAACAUGAUUCCAAUAAUUCGGUCCAAUCGUCAGAGUUUGAUCUACUUAGCAUAUAAAUGAGCGGCUGUGCAGUUUAGAAGAACUAAUCGCCCCAGUACGAUCGACUACUAUAGUCCUGAUUACGAAAAUUUCUCAAAAGAAUGCAUCUCUACUGGCUCCUUUGCACCAUUUUUUGCAUCUUUGCUCUUGAAUGCCACGGUCAACAAUUCUACGCCAGAGAGGAGCCGGUGGAGCCUUGCGGAGGCAAAGGGAGUAACCAGGUGGACGUCCGUGGCAGCCGCAAUCAGCGUAGAGCAGCUGAAAUCAUUAUAGCAUCUUUUAAAAGAGAUUCUUUUGCGUGUUCGGAGAGACCAGGAACACUCAUUACCCAGGACAGCGUUCGCAUCGACCUACAAGACGCAGUUGGAGGGUUUGAAAGAAAUGGCAAACGUUGGCGUAAUUUACAACUGCAGCAAAAUGGACCUAGACGCCCUGGUUAUCCAUCCACCGUCGCUACGGUUUUGAUAGAGUGCAAUAAAACAUUUCCUAUCCGCCUAGUACGUAAAGCUUUUGUGGACAGCAUGACCAAAUGUGCUAUGAUUUGGUUGAGUCAGUGAAAACCAAAAAAUCCCUUCACUGUAUCGCUAUUAACGAUUGAUUAAGCGUAAACGAAUUUGAUGGAUACAAGAAAAUGAAUCUAAAUUUAUCUUUAAAAAACGGAUGUGGUAAGUUUCGUUGUUUAUUUGGUUAAGUCAAGAAUAAAAUAAACAAGUUAUUUUGGGAAAAAUUUUGGUAAAAAGACUUGAGACUAAAAUGAGCUGUAAAGUACGUAAAGUCCACCUAAAUUUUAACCCUCCCUAAUCGUACACUUGGGUUAAUUGUUUUCCUUAAAAAAAACUGCGUUAAACCGAUAACACUUGUAUGAAAAAUGGUAAAUAAACUUUGACCCGAUAAAA